GUGCCACAGUCCUCUAACUUCCAUAUAUCCCAUAUCAGCUCCUUACAUCAUCUAUCCUAUUCCUAUAAUCCUAUCUCACACACAAACCAAAGCAACAAAGAACAUAAUAGAGAUGAUGAACAAGCAGUUCUUCCUCCUCCUCCUCAUAGGCACCCUGACCCUAGCUUUGGUUCUUAGCCGAGGCUCGGGGUUCGAAUACGACCCUACGGAGUUGGAGAGCGAGGAGAGGUUGUGGGAGAUGUACGAGAGGUGGAGGAGCCACCACACGGUGUCCACCAGCCUCGACGAGAAGCACAAGAGGUUCAACGUCUUCAAGUCCAACCUCCACUACGUCCACACCUUCAACAAGAGGGACGACAAGCCUUACAAGCUCAAGCUCAACAAGUUUGCCGACAUGACCAACCACGAAUUCAGAAGCGCGUACGCCGGUUCCAAGAUCAAGCACCACCGGCUGCUCCAAGGCACCUCUCGCGCCAACCCAUCCUUCCGCUACGCCAAUGUGACCGACACCCCCUCUUCCGUUGAUUGGCGGGCCAAAGGUGCCGUUUCACCCGUCAAAGACCAAGGCCAAUGUGGGAGUUGUUGGGCGUUUUCAACGAUUGUAGCAGUUGAGGGCAUAAACCAAAUCAAAACGAACAAAUUAGUGCCUUUGUCGGAGCAGGAGCUCAUUGACUGCGACACGCAGGAAAACCAAGGGUGCAAUGGGGGGAUCAUGGAUUCAGCAUUUGAUUUCAUCAAAAAGAAAGGAGGCAUCUCCACGGAAGACACCUACCCUUACAAGGCUGCACAGAGAAGAUGUGAUGUUAGAAAGAUGAACUCACCAGCAGUGUCGAUCGAUGGGCACGAGGACGUGCCAGCAAAUGAUGAGGAUGCGCUGCUCAAAGCCGUUGCAAACCAACCUGUCGCUGUAGCCAUUGAAGCUUCUGGCUCUGAUUUCCAGUUCUAUUCAGAGGGCGUGUUCACGGGGGAAUGUGGAAAAGAGCUCGACCAUGGGGUGGCGAUUGUCGGGUAUGGGACUACACAGGACGGGACCAAAUACUGGAUAGUGAGGAACUCGUGGGGAGGUGAAUGGGGAGAAAAGGGAUACAUAAGGAUGCAACGAGGAAUAGAGGACAAGGAAGGACUGUGUGGCAUUGCCAUGCUUGCAUCCUACCCGGUCAAGACCUCUUCCACCAACCCCAAACACUCAUAUUCUACUACUACUGCAGCUGAUCAAGAUGAUUUGCCUCAGCCCAAGGAUGAGCUCUAAGCAUGCUGAUGCAUGCCAUUCUAUUAUUCAACAAGCCCUAACAUAUUAUCACAAUAUUUAUUUAUUUGUGCUCCUAUGGAUACCACCUAGACCUAAAACCCUAUAUAUAUAUAUAUAUAUACAUAUAUAUAUAUAUAUAUAUAUGCCAAAAGAAGUACCUGCUCAUUGCUAUAUUGCAGAAAGCAGCAUCAUUUAAAUAUGCUUUGCAACUACAUGAUUGCCGUAAGUGAAUUAGUAUUCUGUGUAUUUUUAGCCCCCUGCAUACUUGUAUUGUACUGUGAAAUAUUAAAAUGAAAAGCUUCUUCUUUGGGUCAUGUUUGGUACACAUCUUUUUUCUUGAAAAUGAGAUUUUUGAAGUAAAUAAAUUGGUCAAAC